AAAGAAAUGGCGAUGUUUGGCGGCUUAGAUUCUGCACUGAAAAAGAAAGGCUUAGCAGAUAGCGAAAGGGACUUGUCAGAAUUUGUCUGUCCUGUCUGUUUGGAGAUAUUUGACCGCCCUGUGACAACACAAUGUGGGCACACGUGAGUAUUAAUUAAUAUGACGUACGGUGUAGUUAGUUGUCUAUCAUCGUGGUUAUAAGCAAUAUUGGUGAUAAUUCAACGAACUACUGUGCAUGCAAGAUGUUCUGCCAGAUCUGCCUGCAGGAAUGUCUGCGUCCUCAGAAACCAGUCUGCGCUGUGUGCCGGGCCACCCUGGGGAAGUGGGCCCAAGCCUUGGAGCUGGAGACGCUCAUUCACAACACAGUGGGGGCCUGCAAGGGCUGCCGUGCUGAGAUGUGUUUGUCCCUGAUGCGAAGCCACACGGCAGGCUGCUCCAAGUAUCAGGAGUACAUUGAUGAAGGGGUGAAAACAACUGCCAGAUCCCAGCCCCCUGUCAUCAGCUCAGUGCCAAACCGCUUCACCUUCUCCUGCCCCUACUGCAACUUCCAGAACCUGGACCAGGACGGGCUGGUUGAGCACUGUACAUCACUGCACGCAAGAGACGCUCGCCAAGUGGUUUGUCCAAUCUGUGCCUCAAUGCCCUGGGGAGACCCCAACUACCGCAGCACUGAUUUCUUCCAACACCUGAAGAUCAGACAUACCUUCUCUUAUGAUACUUAUGUGGAUUAUGCCACAGAUGAACAGACCAUGAUCCAGGAGGCUCUGCAGCGCUCGCUGAUGGAUAACUGAACUGACCACUGGGGGGUGCUGUUCAGGCUCCUCCCAAACCAAGAAUCAUGGGUGGUCGCUGCCAGAGACCCUGGGCAGCAGAGUAAUCGGCAGCACCUCUGUGGCAGCACUUUCAAUAUGUCCAGAAGACACAGAAUACUCCAUUACAUCCAGCUGCUCUUAAAACAUCUACUCAAUGCUCAGUGUAGUGAAAACAGUUGAAGGUUUGAACUAUUUAUGUCAACAACUCAACUUUUUCUGUUGCUUUUUAAUAAUUGACACUUUAAGGCUGUCACAAGUGAAAUUAUGUUUGUUCUAGCUGUUGAACAAUAUUUUGACAUAUAUUUUAAUCUAUUAAGCUUCCAAACAAGUAUGGCAAUAUCCAGGGGAUCUUAUGUUGCACCACAAUGUAGUAACAUAACCCUAAUUUAAAAGGUACACAGCAAUGAAAAUCCACUAGGUGGCCCCAUUUACUUGAAAAAUCUGUUGCUUUUUGAUUCUUUGAAAAUUGUUUUUCUGAAUAUCAUUAUCAGCUGCUUCCGCACUUAGUCAUGGGGGAUUAUAUGUUUUUUCCCCCCUUUUUUCUUCUUACCCUGGGCUGUAGCUGUUGUGGUUGUGUCAGAGAGCAAAAGUCAAUUGUCACCAUCAGGUUUAUGUAAGCUACCUACAUUCUCCCUUUGGAGUCCAUUGCUGACAAUUCUGGUGUACAGGUAGCACCAUUGCAAUAGUAAAGAAAAUAGACUUCUGCUCUAUAUCUCACAAUACAUUAUUCACUUCAUUCAAGGUGGAGUAGUCUAAAAACCAUGUCCUUCAUUUGUCCCACGCAGUCCCAGGAAGGCCUUAGUACUUGUUUGUUGCCACGGUUUAAUAGUUCAUAGAUGUUCAUUUAGUAUUUCUCUUGCAGAGAGUGUUGGAAAAGCUUAGAUAUCAGGUGUCAAAAUGGGAAGAAAUGGUACUAAAAAUAAUCACUGAAAUCAACUGGCAUCCCUAGAGUUCUGUGUUUAUCAUUACGUUACCAGAUGGGGGCAGUGUUGCUCCAUCUGUCCUUUCUCACUGCCUCUAUCACUGCCUUUGUCUCGGCCGACAACAGACCCUGUCUCUCUGUUGAGUCACCCCCGUAGAGCGGUGAACUACGCAGUCAUUUUAAGAUCAAUUGUCAUUGUGCAUCUCAUGUUCGUCCUAGUACAUAAACCUGAUAAGGGUUUUUCCUGAGUGAUGUGGCUUUCAUUAGUCAAAAGAAAGAGGCUUUGUGCUGUGGGCAUUUAGAGUUUCAAUGCCUUACGGCACCAUUUCUGAGUAUGGUAUGUGCGUCUACUCGAGAGGACGUAUGGUACAUGACCCACUCUGGCGUGGGGACACACACCACUACUUGGAAGUACUCUUGUGAUAAAAUGCUGUGCAAUUGAAUUGGUUGUCUGGAGGCAAUAGGAUUGGCGUGGUUUUAUCUGUCCUCCCAGGUCCUGUUGCUCAUUUUGAUGUGCUAGGUCCUCAAAGGGAUUUUUUCAUUUGUUUUUUCAAAUGCCUUUUCUUUGUCCAUAUUAUUUUAUUCACUCCAUAUUUAUGUCAUUCUGUAUGCUAAAAUACUCCUGCAGAGACCAUGGCUGAAGUGGUGCCAUGUUGUUGGUGCAAUUGACGGAAGGUGGUAGGAGUCUAACAGACUAACAGUGUCUGACCGCAUGAUGUCCAUGCUUUCUCCAGUUCACAGGGAGAGUUUAGUUUAUAAUAAUCCCUGUUUUAUUAUUUUGUUUUCAGUUACAGUUCAAUGUGAGACAGGACCUUUCAAUUCUGUCUGUUGUCUUUGUGUAAUCUUACUAGUGUUUAGAAUGUGGGAAAAUAAAGUCCUCAGCAACCAACAAAAAAGGUAUUAAAAUCUUUUCUUUUGAUUAGUGGGUUUGUUUGUGUUAACCCUGGAAGAGCAUGGUCUUUGCACCAUCACAAGUUACGCUUGCCUUAAAUAUCACAAUGGCAAAUUGUAUACUCUAAUCACUGUACAAGUGGCAUUGAUAAAGAACUUAAAUGUGGUUUGUGCACAUUGUAUUUUCUAUUAGAAUUUGUUUUUCAAUUAAAAACCUUUUUUAUGUGUGA